AUGGUGGACGGUGAAGUCACUGGGAGAGAGGAUAGGGUCUCCUCUCAAAUGGAACGUGAUACGGAGCGGAAAAACAGGGACAAAGACAGAGACGAGGAGAGAAAGCACAAGGACAGAAAGAAAGACAGAGACGGGGAGGAUGAGGAGGAGAGACGGCGGAGGAAGAAAAGGCACAGGGAGAAGAAGCGGCUGAGGGAAGAGGCUAAGCUAGCACACCCUGCUGCCGGAAAAGAUGAUGAAGAAGGCGAAAUUGUGCAGUCAGAGGCGGUAGAAGAGAAAAAAGACAGGGCGGAGAGGAGUCCACUUUUGGAGCCUGGGGAGAUUAAUGAAGCACUGCAGAAACCGGGGCUUGCCUGCAGCGUCUCAAAUGGUGUCACGAGGGUCUUCAGUAGCAGUCAGGUUAAUGCCUUGGAUGCUGUGAAAGAGAAGAAGAGCCCCGGCCGCGGUCGGUCCCAGGAGGAGAAACCCCUUACUCACGAUCUUGAUGCUCCAGACACAGGCAUGCAGAUGCUUCUGUCUGCAUAUAGUGAGAGGGGUGCAGCUGCUGAGAAGGAUGCCGAGAAGAAGCGCCAAGAAUUAGGCGAGAAGGAGGAGAGGCCCAUGAAGGAUGCUGACCGGGGGCACCGGCAUCGCUCCCGAGAGAGGAGGGCAGAACGAGGCGGCAGUGAGGAAGCAAGGACAUCUGAAAGGGGGGAAGAAAGGCCGAGACAUCGUUCAAGGGAUCGGAGUUCACGAAAAAUGGAGAACGGAAGUCCCGACAGGACAUCUAUCAGGUCAAAGUCCAGGGAGAGCAUGAGGAGCCGCGGACGCUCCCCAGUAGGGCGCCCUCAGUCUCGGGAUGGCACCUUGGAACGGAGAAGGCAUCGCAGCCGUUCUAGAGAUAGUGUGCUGGAGCCACCCCCUCCACCUCCCAGGCGCCGCGAUCUAAGCAUUGACCGGGUUCGAGAAUCGUCGCCUGCCCGGAGGGGCAGCAGAGAACCCUCAUACAGGAGAGGGGACAAGGAGAGGCAGGCAGAUUACCGAGGUUCACGAGAUGAUUACAGUUCAAGGCGCAGUGAGAGUCGGAGCCGCAGGGAAGACAGCAGGGCGCCAAGCACUCGCGUGGAUCCUGAGGAGGAGUUGCGCAGGAAGGUGGAAGAGGAGCAAAAGAGGAAAAAGGAGGAGGAAGAGUUCAAAGCGCGAGUUGCCCGGCAGCUUGAGGAGCAGCAGGAAGCAGAGGUUGAUCCUGAAAAGGUGCUUGAAGAGAGCCGCAAGAGAAGAGAAGCCAUUCUAGCUAAAUACCGGCAGCAGAAAGCAGAGCAGGGAGCCUUGCAGGCCCCUGCUGGCGAGAAGUCGAGGUUUGCACCUUUGCAGGCUGUCGACGGUGGUGCUGCUGGUACUGCCAAUGGCGCCUCUGUUGCAGAAGGCACUGGGUUGCCCCUUCAUGGUCCCUCGCAGCCUGCCAUACCUGUGGCUGUUUUGACUGGCUCGGCACCUGAUACCCGUAUGACUGACGCAGAAACAUCGACACCAGCGAACGAGAACGGGCACAGGCAUGAUUCUGGGCAAAUGGAUGCUGUCUCCUAUCAAGAGACUGCAUCCGAUGUUGGAAAGGUUCAGGAAGGUGGGGACAUGUUUUCUGACGACAUGUUUGGAGAUACUCCUGUCACCGGUCGGAAGCUGGUGACAGCAAAUGGGGCGAUGGUUGACGCAGGGCUGGUUGACAACUGGGAUGAUCCCGAUGGAUACUACACCUUCAGGAUUGGUGAGGUGCUCGACAAGCGGUAUGAGGUCCUGUCCUCUCAUGGACGGGGGGUCUUCUCCUCGGUGGUCCGGGCGCGGGACAGGCUAGCCAAGGCCGGAGAGCCGCAGGAGGUGGCUAUCAAAAUCAUCCGCAACAAUGAAACAAUGUUCAAGGCGGGUCAGCAAGAGCUGGUGAUUCUUCGCAAGCUGUCCGGCGCUGACCCCGAGAACCGGCGGCACUGUGUGCGGUUGUUGACCAGCUUUGAAUACCGGGACCAUCUCUGCCUGGUCUUUGAGUCGCUCAACAUGAACCUGCGGGAGGUCUUGAAGAAGUUCGGACGGAACAUCGGGCUAAACCUGUCGGCGGUCCGGGCGUACGCACAGCAGUUGUUCAUAGCACUCAAGCAUCUAAAGAACUGCGGGGUCCUGCAUGCCGACAUCAAGCCGGACAACAUGCUGGUUAACGAGCAGAAAAACAUGCUGAAGCUGUGCGACUUCGGAUCCGCCAUGUUCAAUGGGGACAAUGAGAUUACGCCGUACCUGGUCAGCCGCUUCUACCGCUCACCAGAAGUCAUCCUGGGAUUGACGUACGACCAUGCAAUGGACAUGUGGUCCAUUGGGUGCUGCUUGUACGAGCUGUACACGGGCAAGAUCCUGUUCCCUGGCAACAGCAACAACGAGAUGCUGAAGCUCAUGAUGGAGCUGAAGGGACCCUUCCCCAAGAAGAUGCUCAAGAAGGCGGCGUUUGCGGAGCGCCACUUUGACCAGGACUUCACCUUCGGCGUGAUCGAAGAGGACCCUGUGACUCGCAAGAGCAUAAAGCGCAUCAUGACCAACCUGAAGGGCAAGGACCUGGGCGUGCUCCUUCAAGGUAGUGCCAGGGGCUCGGAGGACAAGGCGCUGCUGACCAAUUUCAAGGACCUGCUAGAGCGUGUACUGACCCUUGACCCAGAAAAGCGGCUAGACGUCUCUGCAGCGCUGAAGCAUCCGUUCAUAAGCGGCAAGUGACGGGAGGAUUUUACGUGAAACCUAGAGUGUUUGUCUAGCUUCCUGCCUCAUGUAUGGCUCAGGACCCUUGAGGUUGCGUUUCGGUCGAAAUAGGAAUGACUAGUUGGGACCGUAUUGGGGCCUAGCUGUCUUGCAUCUCGAGACAUAAGCCGACCAUUUUUUGUCCAAAGACUGAUACAUCCUCCUUUUC